AUGGGUUUAGCAAUAAGGCUGAGGCUAUGGUUGUUUGUGCAUCUGGAAACAGAAAUGGGUUCUUGGGCUACAGUAUCUGUUCUGACUAUUCCAUGGGAUCAUUAUAAACUUAGGAGUAUUGGUGUGAUUAAGUCAAGCCAAGAUGUAUCUUAUUUUCAAACCAAACAACAAGUAGGAACUUGGGAAGAACCAGAUACUGGAAGUGACAGUGAGUCUGACGAUGAGGAAGUUGAACAGGCAAACUUAGUGUUUGAAAGUAAUUUUGAAGAGGAAGGGAUGAAGACUUCAGUUGUUGCUGAUGUUAAUAACAUAACUUCAAGGGACAAAUAUGAAGAACUUAUUAAGAAAGAGGUUGAACAGCUUUUGGAACCAGAAGAAAGAGCAAUAUUGGAACAGAAUGUUACUCCUAACUUGGAAAAAAUUUCAACUGCAAAAUGGAGCCCGCUGCACACUCUUGUGCUAUCGAUGCAGAUGAGUUGUGUGGAUAAGCUUCUUGAAAAUGGUGUUGAUAUUGAUUUACCUGAUAAGGACGGUCUUACUGCACUUCAUAAGGCAAUUAUAGGUAAAAAAGAUACUUUGGUUAGCCAUCUUUUACGGAGACGUGCAAGUCCACAUGUUAAGGAUAAGGAUGGAGCCACUCCACUUCAUUAUGCAGUCCAAGUUGGUGCCAAGAUGACUGUUAAAUUAUUGAUUAAGUACAAGGCUGAUGUCAAUGUUGAAGAUAAUGAAGGUUGGACCCCCUUGCACGUUGCCAUUCAAAGCAGAAAUAGAGAUAUAGGAAAAAUUUUGUUAGUCAACGGUGCUGAUAAAACAAGAAAAAAUAAGGACGGAAAAACAGCCCUGGAUCUAAGCUUAUGUUAUGGGAAAGAUUUUAAGUCUUAUGACCUUGCCAAAUUACUGAAGACGGUUCCAGCUGAUAGCUGUCUAUGA